AUGGCGGCUGGAAACGACGAAUUCCGGAUCAUUAUUGUUGGAGGCGGGAUUGCGGGAUUGGCAACUGCGAUCGCGCUCCGUGGCCCAAACCGAUCCAUUACGAUUCUUGAACGAUCGCGCAUGCUCAAAGAAACCGGUGCUCUCAUCUCGUUACAACCCAAUGCAAGCAAGAUCAUCACCAAAUGGGGGCUGGACCCCUUCCUCGAGUCCGCCGAGCCACAGGCGGACCGUGGCUUUCGUCUGUUCGAUGUCACCGGGCAGCUCGCGAGAGAAGUGCCUCUGAGCACCGCACAAUAUGGAGCUGACCGCGUUCUCUACCACCGGCAAGACCUCCAUUCUGCACUGCGCGAUGCCGCGCUCAGCCCGGAACGGCCAGGACAGCCCGUGGACAUCCGGACGGCGAGCCCGGUGGUGGCUUGCGACGCUGAGAGUGGUGCUAUCAGUCUUGUAGAGGGGGAGACACUGCAGGCUGACCUGGUUAUUGGAGCGGACGGGAUCAAAUCGAUCGUGCGGACCGCCGUCCUGGGUGAGGAGCGCAAAGCCAUCCCCACAGGUAUCUCGGCAUAUCGCAUACUGAUCCCGACCCAGUCGAUCCAGGACAUCGAAGGGGUGCCAGAUAGCGUCAAGAUUCCUGAGCCGGCUAUGACAUCGAUGGUGGUGGGAAAUGACAGGCGCGUUAUCAUGGGUCCCGGUCGCGGGGGGAAGCUGUUUGGCAUUGUAGCGCUUGUUCCGGAUGAAAAGACGAGCGAGGAGUCGGCCGAUGACUCGUGGGUCAAACCAGGAUCGAAAGCGCAGCUGCUGGAAGCCUACGCCGGCUUCCCACAGUGGUUGCGAGACAUCUUUGCCUCAGCCGCGGAUGAUGGAAUCGGCCUCUGGCAGCUGCGUGAUCUCGACCCGCUCCCAACGUGGAGCCAGGGGCGGACCGUCCUGGUCGGUGAUGCGGCGCAUGGAAUGCUGCCGACCCAGGGACAGGGCGCCAGCCAGAGUAUCGAAGACGCCGAGGCACUGCAAGCCUUUCUGGCUGGUGUGCAGGGCCGACCGAGCAGGGAGGAUAUCCACGAGGCAGUCGACAAGGUGUUUCAAGCGAGAUAUGAGCGGGUGAGCCUGAUCCAGGCGUACAGCCGGCAGCAAGCAAGGCCCGGGACGGAAAAGGGAGGCCACACGGUGAAUCUGGAUCCCGGACAAUUCAUGCAGUAUAAUUGCGAGUAUGACGGCGCGGUGGAUUGGCUGAGCAAGCACCCGAGCGGGCAGCAUAACGGCAGAUAG